CACGUGCUUGUAAUUCGUCAAGUUCUUAGAGUAUUUAUGAUGAACUUCUAACUUCCCAAGCAUGUUUUACGUAACAAGAUGGAUGCUAAACGUCUGAUAUUCUUGGUGGUUUCUCUUUCAGCCCUGAUCCCUACAGGAGUAUUUUACCCGCUGGGUUGGUUGCCCAGAACUAGUUUUGUGGAAGAAAACUUAUGUGGUGCAGAUAUUGACAACGCUACAAAAAUCUCUUUACUCCAGUGCCUUAUUAGAACAUCUCCUCCAUGGCUUGAAGAUUGUCAACUGAAAAUGAUGGAUUACGGAUUUAGACCAUGGACUGAAAGAACAAACUACCCGUUAAACCCAACUAGAUGGGCAGGGCAAUGGCCCCUGAGAAGAGGAAGUAGAUGGGAUCACCACUCCAAAAACAGGAAUAGCAUUAGGAUGAGUGGGGCACAACGAAGAUAUCGAUUCCAUGAUAUAAACAGACCAUGGGAUUGGCAGCAAAAACAGGAAAUAUUACCCUGGCAAUGGCAAGACAGUAAAGAAAUAGGGCCAUUUGCACCCAGAAGACUGCAAAGAGAACACCUUUCAUCCUGGAGAAGGCCUAAUGGAAGGUUGAUGACUUCAAAUUCUUGGAUGUCCAGACAUAGAAGAUUCAAACGACAUAUGGAGUGGUUUCACAGGUCACCUUUUAGUAAUCAUGGUCCGAGAAUGUGGGAAAGACAGAGAUGGGAGAGUUGGUCAAUUUGUCCUUUUGCUGGGUUCAACAAUUUUGACAUAUACAAUGCAUGGUUCUGCAUUCAUUCUACAGCAUGAGGAUUUGAGAAUCGACGAUUUUUUCCAAUACUUCUAAUCUUUUGUUAGAUAUAGUACAUUAUUAUAGACAUUGACGCUACAUUUUAGUUGUGUGUUUGUUUAUCUAUGUUUGUGUGUACGUGUUUAAUAUAAACACUUACUCAUGUCCAGGCAUCUAACGUGUUUGCAACG